AUGCUAAAUUCUGAAUCUAUGGAUAUUUUUGAUCCUUCUCUAAUUGAUACAUAUUAUCCAAGCAGACCUAAAGAACUAGAAUCUACUAAUUUGUAUGAUUAUGCAAAAUGUGCAUUAGAAUGUGUUCCUGUCGAAGUUGAAGGAGCUAUGAGGGACUUUAAAGAUGUUGGCAAUAAAUUUGAAAUUAAUGUCGAUGAAAUGGUGACGCAAUUAAAUAUUGAUCAAAAACGAAUCUUUGAUAGAAUUACUGCUGGUAUAUCUGAUGAUAAUAGUGAAGUUCUUAGACUUUAUGUAAGCGGUGAAGGUGAGAUAUUUAAUACCAUGGAUUGCGAUAAUGGAUGGUUCGGCAAAAAACAUAUACUUCUUUUUGGAGAUUUAUUGCAACUUCCACUUGUGCAUGAAGAUCCGCCUUUUAUUGAAUUAUCAAAAUUAAAAAUUGAGAAAUACAUUGGUGCAAUGGGUUCUAUAAAUUUAUGGUCUUUAUUUAGUUAUGAUGAAUUACAAAUUAAUGUACGACAACAAGAUUCGGACGUAACUAUUUUAGAAACGAGGAAAAUCAAUUUUAGAGAAACUAAUUGUAACGACCGAUUACAAGAAUUAUGUAAUUAUUUACAAAAUUUACCAAUGGAUACUGUUUGCUUACUUCCAACUUGUGCAUUAUGUGAUAUUUUGAAUACUGCAAUGUUAAAUCGUAUUUCUUCGGAUAAGAUAGAACUCGUUGCUCAAGAUCUGGCAGAAUGUGCACCAUAUUUAAAGAAAAAAGUUAUGAAGAUAUUAAAUAAAGAUGAUGAAGAUAGUUCUCGAACAGCUGGAUUAGCAAGAAUCAUAACUGUCAAAUUAGGAGCACGUGUAAUGGUUAGAAGAAAUAUCGAUGUUAGUUUAGGUCUUGUAAAUGGUACGAUUGGUACAAUUACAUCAAUUAUACGUAGCGCAAUUGACAAUGAAGUAGAAAAAAUUAAGAUAAUAGUGUCAUCAGGAAUAGAGCAUAUUAUAGAACGUUUAAAUGUCAAGUUUGAAGUAAUGGAUAGAGCAUUUGUUAUAAGAAAACAAUUUCCUAUAUGUCUAAGUUAUGGUAUGACUAUUCAUAAAAGUCAAGGCCUGAGUUUAAAACAUGCUGUUGUGGAAGCUGGAAAUUCUAUAUUCAGUUGUGGACAAGUAUAUGUCGCUCUUUCACGAGUGACUACCCUGAGUGGAUUGCACCUUAUAAAUUUUGAUCCCUCUUCUGUAAAAGCAAAUGAGUUAGCUAUAAUAGAAUAUAAUAGAUUGCGAACACAAUACAGGCCAGAUCUUAUACAUAUUAAUAUUUUGAAACAACGUGUUCACAAGAUUCGUGAUACAAUUUGGGCAAUAUCAUCAAAAAAUAUCUUGGAAUGUCAAGUUAAUGAUAAGGAUAUUAAUGAUUCUACUUUAUGGUUUGGCUUUUCACGAUCCGUAACAGAUACUUUGAAAAUUAAAGACGUUGCUGUUUCAAUAGCGGAUAGAAGAAAAUUGAAAACAAAAAGCAGACUCUACGAUUUGCCACGAUCUAAAGAGGAAGUCAAUAUUAAUGAUUAUAAUCCAGCUAUUCUUACUGCUUGGGAAGGAAACAUGGAUAUUCAAUUUGUAGGUGAAAAAUCUACGUUAUUAACUUGGUAUACUACGAAAUAUGUUUCCAAAGCAGAAAAGAGUAAUAACGCAGAAGAUACAUUUGAAAAGAUAAAUUCAACAAAAUCGUUGAGAAGUUGUCUUUGGAAUAUUGGAAUGCGUAUGUUGAAUCAUAGGGAAUGUGGAGCUCUCGAAGCUGCUGACACUUUAUUAGGAAUACCAUUAUAUGGUACUGACAAAGAAACGACUAUAAGAUGGUUAGAUGUAAAUAUGAUUAGAAGUAGACGACUUAAAUCUCGCAAAAAGAUUGAAAUGCUUUUUUCUGAAUCUAUGGAUAUUUUUUGUCCUUCUCUAAUUGAUACAUAUUAUCCAAGCAGACCUAAAGAACUAGAAUCUACUAAUUUGUAUGAUUAUGCAAAAUGGUAUGAUAUUACGAAAACUAAACCAAUUUCUAAGACAAUAAAAUAUUACGUGCUUGGUGAAUCUUUAUAUUUAAAGAAACGUAAACGUGGAUAUCUUAUCAAUCAUUACAAAUAUAAUGUCCAUACUCAACCAGAGCGUUACUAUUUUUCAUUAUUGUUAUUAUUUCAAUCUUGGAGAGAUAUUAGUGAAUUAAAGAAUGAAUGUGAUAAUUAUGCAGAAGCAUUUUCUUUAAUACAAUAUAAAUUGAAAGAUGCUCUUCAGUAUCAUGAAAAAAUAACCGACAUUCAGCAAGGUAUGGAUAAUAUUAAAGAAUUAAUUGAAAAAAAAAUAUCAGAAAUUACAAAAAAUGAAGAUGAAAAUGACUGUCUUGAAAAUGGUGCAUUAGAAUGUGUUCCUGUCGAAGUUGAAGGAGCUAUGAGGGACUUUAAAGAUGUUGGCAAUAAAUUUGAAAUUAAUGUCGAUGAAAUGGUGACGCAAUUAAAUAUUGAUCAAAAACGAAUCUUUGAUAGAAUUACUGCUGGUAUAUCUGAUGAUAAUAGUGAAGUUCUUAGACUUUAUGUAAGCGGUGAAGGUGGUACUGGAAAGAGUUUUUUGAUAAAAACUAUUAGAUGUUGGAUUAAAAAAUAUAUUGAGAAAGACACAGCGGUAACUGUACCAACCGGUAUAGCAGCUUUUAAUAUUGAUGGACUUACUAUUCAUAGAUUAUUUCAAUUACCGGUAGAACACGGCCGUACUGCCAAAUAUAAACAACUUUCUGAUGUAUCUGUAGUCCUUAAAAUUAUACGAGAGGAACUUAAGAAUGUUGUUUUAAUAAUUUUUGAUGAAGUUUCAAUGAUUUCAAAUAUCACUUUAAUGUACAUACAUCUUCGAUUAACAGAGAUAUUUAAUACCAUGGAUUGCGAUAAUGGAUGGUUCGGCAAAAAACAUAUACUUCUUUUUGGAGAUUUAUUGCAACUUCCACCUGUGCAUGAAGAUCCGCCUUUUAUUGAAUUAUCAAAAUUAAAAAUUGAGAAAUACAUUGGUGCAAUGGGUUCUAUAAAUUUAUGGUCUUUAUUUAGUUAUGAUGAAUUACAAAUUAAUGUACGACAACAAAGUGAUAAUUUUUAUCGAGAUAUAUUAACGAGAAUUCGAAUUGGAACAAUUACAGAUUCGGACGUAACUAUUUUAGAAACGAGGAAAAUCAAUUUUAGAGAAAUUAAUUGUGACGACCGAUUACAAGAAUUAUGUAAUUAUUUACAAAAUUUACCAAUGGAUACUGUUUGCUUACUUCCAACUUGUGCAUUAUGUGAUAUUUUGAAUACUGCAAUGUUAAAUCGUAUUUCUUCGGAUAAGGUAGAACUCGUUGCUCAAGAUCUGGCAGAAUGUGCACCACAUUUAAAGAAAAAAGUUAUGAAGAUAUUAAAUAAAGAUGAUGAAGAUGGUUCUCGAACAGCUGGAUUAGCAAGAAUCAUAAGUGUCAAAUUAGGAGCACGUAUAAUAGUUAGAAGAAAUAUCGAUGUUAGUUUAGGUCUUGUAAAUGGUACGAUUGGUACAAUUACAUCAAUUAUACGUAGCGCAAUUGACAAUGAAGUAGAAAAAAUUAAGAUAAUAGUGUCAUCAGGAAUAGAGCAUAUUAUAGAACGUUUAAAUGUCAAGUUUGAAGUAAUGGAUAGAGCAUUUGUUAUAAGAAAACAAUUUCCUAUAUGUCUAAGUUAUGGUAUGACUAUUCAUAAAAGUCAAGGCCUGAGUUUAAAACAUGCUAUUGUGGAAGCUGGAAAUUCUAUAUUCUGUUGUGGACAAGUAUAUGUCGCUCUUUCACGAGUGACUACCCUGAGUGGAUUGCACCUUAUAAAUUUUGAUCCCUCUUCUGUAAAAGCAAAUGAGUUAGCUAUAAUAGAAUAUAAUAGAUUGCGAACACAAUACAGGCCAGAUCUUAUACAUAUUAAUAUUUUGAAACAACGUGUUCACAAGAUUCGUGAUACAAUUUGGGCAAUAUCAUCAAAAAAUAUCUUGGAAUGUCAAGUUAAUAAUGAUAAGGAUGUUAAUGAUUCUACUUUAUGGCAUAUAAGAGGACUUCCAAAUGUUGAUAAUAUAUCUUGCUAUGCUAAUGUUUCAAUUCAAUGUAUACUUCAUUCUUCUAUUCUCAGAAAAUUGUUGCUUCGUCUUGAGCAUAGGAAUAUUAUAAGAAAAUUUAUUAAUUGUUACAUGUCAAACAAUGAAACUAUUAAUAUAAUGGCAAUACGCCAAUUGGCAGGAGAUCAAUAUCUUGAAAAGAUUCAACGAGAUGUUAGUGAGUUUAUUAUACAUCUUAUUAAUAACAUAGAUAAUAUAAAGAGUGUAAUCGAGCACCAAUUAAACAUAACUUUACGAUGUAAGGUAUGCAACUAUACAAACACAAAAAUUUAUACAAAUUAUAUAUUAUUGCUUCAAUUACCCGAAAAUUUAAAAAAGUCAUAUACUUUACAAGAAUUAAUACAAUAUAAUUUUUCACAUUGGAAUAAUGUUGAAAAAAUAUGUACCAAUUGUAAUGCUGUCUCUGUACUUGAAAAGACUGAUAUAAUAAUAACAGGAAGUAUUAUUAUCUUACAGUUAUCAUUAUUUAAAAUUAGUGAUACAAAAAUUAUUAAAGUAACAGAUUUAAAAAUAAAAGGUGUACCUACAGAAAAGAUAUGUAUUGGUGCAAAUAUAUAUAAAGUUAUUAGUGGAAUUUUUCAUCAAGGUAAAAGUACAACUGAUGGACAUUAUACAAACAUAGUACGUGCUAAAGGUACCGAGUGGCAAUUAAUAAAUGAUUCAAAAGUACAAAAUUUAUUAAGGGUAUUAUAUGCCGUUAGCUGUCGGAUCAUGUUGAUAGAUGAUGAUGCCGAUUUCAUGAAAGAAUUUUCUCUCAAUGAUCCCGUCGCCGCCGCCGCUCCCGUCGCUAGUCCCAUCAUCGCCGAUAGCGUUGCCGCCGCUCCCGUCGCUAGUUCCAUCGUCGCCGAUGUUCCCGUCGUCGGCCGCAAUCACAUAACCACCGGCCCCGUCGCCGGUCACAUAACUACCGGCCCCGUCGCCGGCCGUAUCGCCAUCGGCCCCGUCGCCGGCCGUAUCGCCACCGGCCCUGUCGCCGGCCGUAUCGCCACCGGCCCCGGCGCCAGCCGUAUCGCCACCGGUCCUAUCGCUGGCCCCGUUGCGGCCGAUCCCAUGGACGAUAUUGGACAAGUUCGAAGAGCAAGAGGCAGAGCUGCAGGGGCUCGACGGCAGGAAGAACGCUUCAUGCAUUUCUCGAUGAAGUUAUGUUCUGGGUCACAUAGAUAUCAUUGGGGCAGGGGAAGAGGACGAGGAAGAGGAAGAGGAAAAGGAUGGCACCAAAAGAAUCUCUUAGGGGCUACGCACAAUAAAAGGAAUAAGGAACAGGGAAUAGAGAACAGAGAACAACCGUAG